CGUAGUGGGACCAUGUAUGCAAAGCAAACCAUCAGCCAAAGAUGUCACACAGGCAAAACCUAUUUUGCGACAGGCCAUAAUCAGUGUUUUGCAAAAGGCAGAGGAGCACAAACUGUGUUCUAUUGCAAUUCCAGCAGUAAGUUCAGGAAUAUACAACUUUCCUGCCAGGGCAUGUGCUGAUGUGAUUGUUCAAACAAUCUAUGACCAUGUAAAAAAUAAGACUACAAAAUCAGCACCAUUUACGAUAAAUCUUGUGGACAAGGAGGAAAAAACUGCAAAGGAACUGGAGAGGGCAUGCAAAGAACUGUUGAGUGACCCAUUUCCAAACAGUGUUGGACAAGGAAAUCAGAAUGAGGAUCCAACUCGAACUUCCAUAAGUCAGGUCACUGCACUGUGGAAAAGAAAACAAACCGAAGUUGUAGUUGCUGUGAUUCCAUCACAAAUAAAAGGGAACAACUUUAUAGUUCACCACAGCGAGCUGAAAUCACUGGAACCUCAUCGAUGGUUAACAGGCGAGAUUAUAGAGUGUGCCCUGCAUGAUAUUGCAUGCAAGUUGGAUUUGGGCAGUAAGGUAUACAUACUGAACCACUACACUGCCGGUGUCAUCCUGUUCGGGAAAAGAGAACUGAUGAGGAGGCACUGUUUGUCAAAGGUCAACUUUGAUAACUACCACGCAAUUGUUUCGUUUGUGAACGUUGGAAAUGUUCACUGGAAGUUCCUGUACCUAAGUAAAGCAGACAGCUGUCUUUACCUUGUUGAUCCAGCACGCAGCACAAGAGAGCUUGAAGAAUCCAAAGUGGCAGCACAAAAAUUCAGGUAA